AUGGUGCACUACGUGGACGUGCACCUGCCGUGGUCGCACUCCCUCUGCGCCUGCUGCCUCCCCCGCAUGCUCCGCCCCGCCCCGCCCAUCGCCUUCCAGAUCUCCUUGCUCACCUCCCUGCGCAAGCACCUGCAGCAGCCUUACGUGUCCAACAUGCCGCCCUACCGCUUCGGCCAUAAGCCCCCGCGCUUCAUCACCGCAUAUUCCGCCAUCGUCCCGCUCUCCGCUCCUCCGCUCCGCCCUCCAGGUAGUGUUACUGGUGCCAGUGCUGCUGCCGAAGAGAGUGUAGCAGCGCCGACAUUGGCGCAGCAGUAUUGGAGGAAGGUGGACUCAGCACCUGUGGUUGCAGCAGAGGGGAUGAUGCUCAAAUGGCUGGCAGAGCCACGUGUCGGCCUGCUACUCGACCUCCAGAAUCUCAGGCGCCAGCUGGCAGCUCUUCUUCAUAUGAAUGAAAUAGCUGCUGCGCGUGUGGCCACCGAGGCUACAGGCAACAGCGCGGCAGGUAGCGCUCGCCUGUGGUGGUGCUGCUGGCAGUGCAGCCACUGCUGGACACGCUACCGCCGUGCCGUGUCCAUCGCUGCUUUCACCGUGCUGGUCGCCAAGCUCCCCCGCUUCGUCACUCUCUGGCGGUUGCACAUCCGAUCUGAUUCUGUCAUCUUUCCCGAGCUGGUCUUUCAGUUUGACGCAGGGCGGCAGACUGGGGGCGACUGCUUGGCGUCGCUGUUGCUGCAGGUGCUGGGAGUGAAGGGCAAGCAGCAGCUGGAGACCGGCUUUGCUGCCCACCUGCUGCUGCUGCUGCCGGGGGGGAGGCACGCGCAUGGGCAGGCGGGAGGGGCAGGGGAGAGUUGGGGGACGGAGGUGGGAGAGGUGAAGGAGUGGAGGGAGGGGUUGGGAGGGGUGGAGUGGGAGGAGUAUGUGCAGCGCCCGCCAUUCGCCCGCGCUGCUGCUCUCAUCUUCUCCGACUGUGUUGGCAGCCGCCACAAGGAGAGAGUGGAGGACGCUGCUGUGGAGGAGGCAAGGAACCGGCUGGAAGUGGGGGAGAAAGGCAUAGCUAUUUCUGCUGCUACUGCUGCUGGGUCAACAGGUGCGAGGACCAAGGGACCCGGCACUGCAAGCGGCGCCAGGCUAGUGCUCGUGAACAGUAACGCAGUGGUUGGGCUGUUCACGUACCGAGUUACCUGCCUGCUGCGGUGGGUGCGAUUCUAUGGCUUCAGGGUCAACCCCAUGGAGCACUGCGCAUGCUCCGACCGGAAAAAGCCAGGCGUCGCUCUCCCACAUCCUCUUCACGACCUUCCGAACCUGCUGCAGAGGUUCGGCGCUGCGCCCAAGCCUCCGACCGCCACAGGCUCGGAAGGUUCGGCAAUGGCGGGUUGGGAGGAGUUUCCGGAGGGGGACAGGGCGGCAGUGGCGGCGCAUGAGAAGGACCCCGGGGAGUUUAUGGGCAUCAAGACGUUCCAGCUUCCCGUCGGGCCGCCGCCCUUCGCCUCGCUGCUUCUCGUCGGGCCGCCGCCCGUCGCCCCGCAUCUGCACUUCUACCCCCAUUCCCCUUUUCCCGCAGCUGAACAGGUGCAGCAGCGCAGCCGAGCAGCAGUGCAGCAGCGCAGCCGAGCAGCUGAGUAG